AUGGCGGGGUUCGCAGAGCCAGACACGGUUCCUACACAACGCGUCUUCUAUCGCCCAGCACCAGUACCCGAACGAGAGCCGGCUCCUCGACGCGCGCUUCCCAACGGACCCUGCAAUUACCGCGACGCCUCGGUUGGCCCCUGUGGAUGUGACCAGUUCUGGGACAAGAGCAGCGCCGAGAUCCACGAUGGUAGCACUCACCACCGUCCCCCGAGCGAGCGCGUGCCCUGGUGUGUCUGCGGGCAUCAUGCUUGCUUCCAUCUAAGAACGUCGCGCGCGCCUGAACAGCCUCCUUCCGCCACGCAAACAGGCGCAAAGCACUUGGAGCAGCAAGUGAAUGUAGAAGAAGCGCCGAGUGCCCACGAGGAGCGGAUACAAAAGUCGUUUCAUGGCAGUAGCCAGCGACUCCAGCGACCAGCCGCUUCUGAAGCCAAUGGGUCCGGUCGCAUGUUGCAGAGUCGGGACACACCAUCGCAGGUCAGCACAACUGGCCUGCCAGGACUCCCCUCGAUGUGCAUGCUCCCUCAUGACCGGCGCCCAGCGGCUGACGAUGAAGCUAGACAUGCUGUGAACAGGCCUCGCGGAAGUGUAGCGGGCCUUGGAUUGUCCAUGUUGAACAUGGAGAGUAUGCGAAGUAUUAACCGUCAGCAGUCUGCCUCACCCACCGUUGCCGAUGACAGCGUUCCACCGCCGCUCCAGAGAGCCUUCAGCGAGCCAGAGCGGGCCUCUACCAGAGACAGCUCGAUGCCUGCUGAUUCGAUCAGACUACUCAGCGAUCUCCGCGGCCCCCUCGAGCAGAUCAAGGAGUUCAAUCGCAAUCUACACCUCGAUGUUGCCGGCGACACCAUUCCCAAUACGCUAGACCCCCACGACUUCAUACAAAGCGCUACUGAGGCUGCAACACCUAGCAUUCGAGGUACACCCGACCUACGUGCCGCCGAUAAUGCUGUGCAGCAAGGAAAGAAGCUCAUUGAUGCGCUGUCUCGACUGACUUCGAACAAGCCAGGACCGAAUGGUUCGCCGAACAAGCCGGCCAGUGUCACUUCCGUACCGAGUCAGCGCCUUCGGCAGAUCAACUCGCCUUCAGGUCAGCAGGAAGAGCAGCUACAGAAGGUGCUCAGGUCUGCAUCGCCUCAAGACCUCCAGAAGCUCGUCUCGUACCUAGCACCGCUGCACAAUUUGUUAAACUCUAUCCCCAACGUGGCCAAGACCAUGAGGGAGCUAGGAAGCCGUCUGGACGUGCUGGAGAACGGAUCUUUCAACUACGUGCAGCCAGAAGAUCUUCAUCAGACCCUUGAGAUGUAUGAUGACAGACUCAUCACUGUUGAACACCGCAUGGAUGAGCAUGACAGAAUGCAUCAAGCUAUUGAUGCUGACGAUAGCAGCUUCUCGCACAGCAGACGUCGUAUUGACAACGUCACAGGAUCGUUCACUUCUAACCAGUCUCUGCAAUCAACAACCUCCUCGGCUCUGAUUCUUGCUGCCAUGGACCGCAAGGACAAAGAAGCUGAGCUUGGUGAUAUCAAGGACCGACUGGAGGUUUUGGAAUCUGCAGCACUGCCAACUAUGCUCAACCCGUGGGAAGUCGAAGUUAUAUUGCUGCCCUGGGGUCGUGAACUGCGUGGCAUCUGGUUCUCACCUGAUCAGCCAAUGCACGAUUCCUCCAAACCUACUACGCAGGACUCCGAAGAAUGGACACAAGCCAGGACCUUGAAGCUAGCGCAGAGUCUCCAGAAUCUACGAGACACUGAUUCGAGUCCCAAUCCUGGCGUCAAGGGCGUAUUUAGCGAUACCGAGAGUGGAUGGAGUAGUCAAGCCAUCAGUGACUGGGCAUCUGGGUCGACCGACGACUGGCUGUACCCCAAAGCAUGUGGAGCUAACAAUCUGGUGUACAAGCGCCUCUUUAGUCGAGGGUUCAUUCGCAACGUCACUUUGCAGAGCGCCAGCGCUCGAGACAUCCAAGCUACAUUGUCCCAUGCGUUCAGCGAUGUCAUGGAGUGGUUGCACUUUACUGAUCGAGAUGAGGACCAGAUGGUCGCCACACACCCUGCUCUGAGAGCCUCCUUCAUUCCACUCAGAAAGGUAAUGAAGGAAUCCAAGCUUCGUUUCCUCACUCCCAGUGAGAUGUCGAGCUCCGCACAUUGGUCAGCGCAGUUCCUCGCCGCUGGUGUGAUCAUGCGGGUAUCAGGCGGUAAGAGGAGGCUGUACGUCACACAACGUGAGGCAUAUGUGCAACGUAGCGACGAGAUGGGCAGCUCAUGGACCUGGCCAGAGUUGCGGCAGCUGCCUCGGUACCAACCGGACCAGGACUUGCAAAUGGACGGUAACGAUGAGCACUGUCAGCCAGUUCCAGAGGCGGAUGCGAAGGAGGCAUGCUGGCAAUACGCUGCUACAUACGACGCUCCUCCUGUCAGUGUCCAGUCCUCAUUCAGCAGCCAUCAGUCAGUCGAGUUAUCUAUGCGCCCAGCAGAUCGGCAGUGGCGCCGAUCGAUCACACCCAGUUCUAUCCUGAAGAAUAGGCAGCAGCAGCCUCUCUCGCCUCUAAGCUUGUUCCGUCAACAACGACCUAGAUCCUUGAGCCGCACAGUGUCGACUUCGGUCCUUGAGGUUCCAGGAUCAGCGAAGCGACGUCUCAACUCAUCUCCUACCAAGCACGCAUCAUCGCAGCCAUUGCACGCACGUGCUCCAAGUGUUUCGGUAGCUCGGCUCAAACGUCGGCGGGUCACAUACUCGUCGUCGCCACGACAAGAAGAGGCUGCUCCUGAAGAAGCCCAAGUCACUGUCUGCAAUCCCACUCCGCGACGCUCAAGGGAGCCACCAUCUCCUCAUUUCACGCAUCCUGCCCUUCCAAGGUCAAGCUCGGACGUAACAAGCCGUCCUAGUCAGCGAUCCACGACCCGUACAAGCAAUCCUGCAGCGUUCGCAUAUGCUACACCAGCCUCGGGUCCGUUCAUUGGCGGUCCUGCUUUUGGUGGCUACAACCAGGGAGGAGACACAGAGCCUGACGAUGACGAUGACGGCAAUGAGGAUGCUGACGACGCCGAUGAUGAUGACGACGGCGAGCAGAGCUGGCACGGGGUUACCGACGGUGACGAGGUCAGCGUAUCAUCUUCCGACUCGGGUGUCGGCGUCGGCGCACAAGAGAUGGUGAGCUUCUCGGGCGACGACAGUGGCUUUGAGUCAGAGAAUGAUGCCUCACAAUCAGAAGGAGACAGAACUCCCACCGCACAACGAAGGCGACUUGAUGAAGACGAAGACGAAGAUGAAGAUGACGAUGUGGACGGUGGUGACGGUGACGAGAUUUUCGAUACGUUGCUAGAGGUAUUGGAACCCAGACACCACCAGUGCACAUUAUAUGAGUGCGAUUCUUCAUAG